AUGCCUCCACCGAUGCAGCGCUUCGCCGGCGCACCCAAUAAUCUAGCCCAUUACCAGCAGCAGCAGUAUCCAAGCCACUCGCAAGGUCUGCCACCGCCGUCCCUCGCCUCGAAUCCUGGGUUCAUGAAUGCGAAUUCCAUGAACAAUCCUUUUUCGGUGAAUGGCAAUGCUCUGAGCCUAUCUGGGGGAUUUGGCGGUGCUGGACUGGGUAUGCCGGGAGCGACGGGCCUGGCAAGUCAAGCUGCGCAGCUGGGCUUUGCCAGUGCCAAUAUGCAUCAAGGACACAAUGGCAUGAGCAGCGACGCUGGGUCGAGAGGUGGUCAAGGAUCAAGGAAUCGAAUACGAGACGUCUGGGCAAGCAAUCUGGAAGAGGAGAUGAUCCUAUUACGGUGUCUAGCAGACAAGUUUCCAUAUAUUUCUAUGGACACCGAGUUUCCUGGUGUGGUCGCGCGACCUAUGGGUUCUUUCAAUGGAAAAGCCGAUUACCAUUAUCAAUGCCUGCGUUGCAAUGUCGACCUCCUCAAAACCAUUCAGCUAGGCAUAUCGUUAUUUAGCGAAGAAGGCAACCUCCUACCACCGGAGAUAUCAGCGGAGGAAUUAGGCAUACCUACAAACGAACCUCUUUUUCGAAAGUUUGCUGGCCAGAUGAUCCCACUACCAACGACUUGGCAGUUUAAUUUCGAUUUCUCGCUGGAGAAGGACAUGUACGCGGAGGCCUCUAUCGAAUCCUUGAAAAUGGCACAACUAGACUUUCGGAAGCUGGAAACCGAUGGGAUCGACCCCUUUGCGUUCGGUUCCGCGCUCAUCAGCUCGGGUCUUGUCUGUGACGAGGAUAUACAUUGGAUUUCUUUCCACGGUGGUUAUGAUUUUGGAUACCUGACCAAACUCUUAAACGUGCUUCCUCUCCCAGACGAUGAGACAACUUUCAAAGCUACGAUGUCGAAAUUCUUUCCCAGCGUAUGGGACAUCAAGUAUCUUGUCAAGUGGGCUUCUAGAGAAAGUCAAGUUAACUUACAAAACAAUUCAGUCAGUCCCGACACAUCAGUCACAGAAAUCUUCCAGAAAUUCGAUCAAAAGGCUAGUUUAGACAAUCUCGCCGAAUCCCUGAAGGUUAAGAGACAAGGCCUUGCCCAUCAAGCUGGCUCAGACUCGCUACUUACCGGCAAGGCGUUCUUCAGAAUCCGGGAUAAGUUGUUCGGUGGCGUGAUUGGAGAAGAGCACAACGGUUUAGUGUGGGGCCUCAGCACUCCAGAGUAUACUGCUCUGCUACAGAGCAAUCUCCACUCUACCCCUCAACAUCACUACAGCCAUAACCAAGAAAACGUCACGCCAGGCCAAAACGGAUACGCGAACGGAGGACCCAGCACACCAAACACAGGGAGCGCGGGACUAGCGAGCACACCGGGACAUAACAGCAAUGGCGGCUUGGCACCGAUCACACCAGGCGGCAUGGGAGGUGUAUUUGGCAAUUUCCAGUACAAUGGUAAAUAA